UCUAUGAAGGAGGGCAGAGAAAAACGCGUAUCAUUUCCCCCAGAUGAGCAGAUGGUGUCUGACUUUGUGGAGAGAAGGGCUGAACUUCAAGAGGCUGACAGUCUCACUCUGACAGAUAUAAUUCUGGCCUACAAGCAGAGCUGUGAAAAGCACCACGUGAAACCAAACCCAAAGGCUCUUGAUCAAUUAAAGCAAAUUACUUGUGUUACUGACAGAGCCAGGUGUUUUGACCUGUCAGGUGAGAAGUUAGAUUAUUGCUCCUGCGAAUCUCUUGAAGAGAUCCUGAAAUCAGUGCAAUUUGAUUUUAUCAGUCUGCAGGGGGCCGAGCUUGAGGAAAAUGGAGCAUCAUCUUUGCUAGAUAUGUUUUUGUACUACGAGUCAGCUACACACCUCGAUGUGUCCUCGAACUCAGGCAUGGGUUUCUCAGGUUGGCUGUCACUGUCUCACCUCCUCCGACAGAGUGGAUGCCUGUGGAGGCUGGAUGCUUGCAACAUGCCCAUGGUGGACUACGCCGCACAGGCCUUGUCAAAAGCCCUUCUCACCAGCAGGCUGACAGUGCUACACCUUGAAAACACCUGCCUGAGCGGCAAACCUCUCUUCACACUUGUCGGUGCUCUGAAAAGGAACGUCGCUUUGCAGGAGCUUUACCUCUGUGAAAACAACCUCAACGGCUACCAGGACUCCAUGCAACUUGGCGACCUCCUCAAAUACAACAGCACUCUUAAAACCUUGGACCUAAGCAACAAUACCAUGUGUGACUCAGGUUUGGAGGAGAUUUGUGAUGCUUUGAGCUCUCAGAAGACUGGUUUGAGAACGCUGAUACUGAGUAACAAUCACAUCACUCAUCUUGGCAUGAGCCAUCUACAGAAUAUUCUGCCCCGCUUAAAAACGCUCGAAACGUUGAACCUUGGCAAAAACAUCCUUGAGAACAGAGGCAUUCACACAUUAAAAGAGUCCCUCAUGAUCAAUCGCUCUUUAUUGCAACUUGGCCUAGCCUCCACAGGAAUAACAUGCGAGGGUGCGGUGACUUUGGCUGAGAUCCUUGCAGAAAGUCCACAGAUCCAGCGUUUGGAUGUACGGCAGAACCAGGUGCUUGCUGGGGGCCUCAUGGCUCUGGCGUUGGCCUUAAAGAUCAACCGUUCACUCAUCAGACUGGAUCUGGACCAACAUCUGAAAGAGGAAAAGGAGGACUUCCUGGUCGAAACGCAGAAGACGCUGCUAUGCAGGAUCUCCGAUCUGUGUGCGGCGAACGCGACAACGGCCAAGGGGACGGCUCUGCGCCCUGCUUCUCCAGACCCGUCCGACUGCGCCGAGACCACCCAUCCUCUCCCCACCCAAACAGCCGACUAGAAGACAUAUAAGCAUAAUAAUUCUAUGGCAAAUAACGAUAACCAUAAAACUCCAAAUCCUGGUAAUAAAGCCGAAGCCUCUCUCCCUAAUGAAACAGUGGCCCUCCUGCUGUUUCCUGCCUAAUGUUCCCGCCGAGGCUUCCUCCACUUUCCAUAAAGCAAUUUUGCAAGCCCACUCCCAACGUGAAUCAUCUCGAAACGAAGAGAAGCCUCUCCCUCCAUCUCUCCUCGUGUCCCCGGAGGGUGACGCUGACUAAAUCUGUGUUGAUACAGAGGUGUGCUCUAAAUCCUGUUUGCUCGGGUUCCAUCUCCCCUAAUAUUCACACUCGUGUAUGAGGCCCCUUCCCUGCCUGCGUCUGCUAAUGUAGCGUAUCGUCGUCUGGAUGACAAGACGACAUCGGCGAGCGCCUCAAACUCCCUCACAUGUAUCGUUUACUGCUGGUGCAGAGAAUCACAAUGUGUGGGAAGGAGAACAUAUGUUAAAUUUAAGAAGCUGGGAUUUACCUCUGCGCGGGUCUUAGUUUACAUGCGCUACUCGACGCUAGCUAACAACAAAGGACGAAUCGCUUUUUCUUACGCUUUAAGUUGUGGAUGCACACGAAAAGGUGUUACAUCUGAAAUUGUAGGCGCGUCUUUUGUAGAACUCGCACUAAACGCCAUCUGCCGCGCAACUUUAAAUUCAAGGUAAUUAAGAAUAUGUUUGGUAAAUGGAAAACUACCUUUCUGAGAGUUUGAACGGCGAGAUUGUAAAUUUGAUUUGAAUUUCCGUUUCCCUCACUCUCUAUGUAAUUAUAGUGUUUAAAAAUAGGCUUGUGUGUUUUUUAAUCAAUUAGAUUUAAUUUCUCCAACACAUGCCAUUAAUUUAUUUCUAAUUAAUGGUGUUUACCUAUUAAUUCUUCAAAAACUAUAAAGCUGUCGAUAUUUUUAUUUUAAAAAAUGAAUAAUUAUGUAAAGGCCAAUUCAGAAUUGUGAAUUGUUCCACACACAUUGCAUAUCAAAAACUACAGUACUCACUCUCUGAGAUUUGAAUGCUUUUCUUGGCAAAUCCCAAAUUACUCAAAGAUUUCUUGAUUGACAGAUGAGGGGGGAUAACUGUAUUUAGCCAGGGACCAUCUUUCCUCGUCUGGCGUGAUUUGGGUCUCAUGGAGGAUUGGCCCCCCUGGUGUCUGCCCCCCUCCUCCUCUCGGCACGGGGCAGGGGCAGAUUGACAGAACAGCAUGGGGGCAAGCGCCGCUGUGCCAACAGCCCCCCCCACGCUCUACCUGAUGUUUUUAACAAAGGCUUCCAUCUCACCAACUCCGCUGCCGAACAUCGCCCAGCCAGCUUCAACCCACCCCGGCUCUGGAACAAACAGACUUUGAAACCUGAUCGUAAGGAUGUUGCGAACAGAUGCACAGACGCUGGGAAUGAUGCGGCGUGUACGGCUGUACUCAAAGAUAAAAUGUCAAACAUUUUUCAGUCGGAGCCCAAGAAAUUGGACAGUUGUUAGUAUAAGCACCUGCUUGCAAUUGACAGGAGGCUAUUGGGGGCUUGUUUUCUAUGAUAUAUAAAUAUAGUUUUGUUUAGGGGGAGACUGGGGCUAGUUGUCACACUUU